AAUAUCAAGCAUUUAGUUUGUGAUUUUUGCGACAGUUUUCUAGACCUAAGCGUAAGACGGGGUUUUCGCGGAUUAUUCGCUCUAUUGCAAAGCUGUCGAGUUUCCGAACGAUGGACAAUUGAAGUUGUUGGCAGAUGCCCCUCAGUUCCUUAUUAGCUUCCACAAAGGUGUGAUCAAGACGGCUUCAAGGUCUCGCAAAGAUCACCGUAGGCGAGAGCAGAGCGUGGAGAUGUCGUUUUUGAAGAGUUUUCGUAAUUCUGUUUCACGGAAAAGCAGCAAUAGUAAAAAUAACACCAGUGUUGUAACGAUCGGCGGGUCAAGCGGAAGUUUUAGACGUAAACCGGGAAACAGUUACAGUGGCAAAGAAAAUCGACAAGAAGAUCCGUCUCCGGAUGGCAUUCACCGCAGUAAUACAUUUACGAUCAAUAAUGAAGAUUCAAUUUUAGUGAAAGUGAAAAGCGAACCUAAAUCGACGAACAUGUUCGGAAAAUUGGGAUCCUUGGGUCGAAAGAAAAAGACAGCGCAACAACCGAAACCGGAGAAAUCUUCGAACUCGUAUAAAAGUUGGCCAUACCCGAAUGAACCGGCCUCGGUAGGCAACGACCCGUUCGGUGUUUUAUAUACGAACAACAAUUCUAAUCCGCCUACUAAAGCAGAGACCUUGAAAAAGUCGGCUAUUGAUCAUGGAACCUACCGUAAAAGCAAGUUGCCGACGACAGUUAAAGAACAGCUCGAAGAAAUUCGUGACGUUCCUGAACAACCCGAUGAAGAUAAAUUUAAGACGGUAACUAUCAAUAGCUUUCGGAAGUCUUUUCGGCAGAAGUUCCUUUCUGCUAAUAAGCAAGCGCCAUACAAUCCAUCUUGGUUCAUCGAAGUCGAUCCACUCAAAACGAAUACUAAGGAGCUCGAAAACGACAAACCACGCAGUCCUGAAAAAUUGAUUUUUGAGAAUGAAAACUAUCGUCCAAAUGCACGCUCCCCCAUUCGCGAAUUGCAACAACCCACGCCGAAACCGAGAUCAUCAGUGAAACGCAAUGAAACCUUCCGUGUCGAAAGAGAAAGCGAGGAACCGUCCAUUCGAAUUGAAAUUAAAAACUCGAUAUCACCGCACGAACCUAGCCGAAUUGUACCAGUGGGUGUGGCGAAACCGAUACCGACUAGUAUUCCUCAGUCGCAGGCUUCCAAUAAUAUAAUUCAAAAGACAUGGACUGAACCUGGAAGAAACUCAAAUCGAAAUCUAUAUCAAACAACGAUUCAGAUUUCUGAUAAUUCCCACUAUCCUGUUCCCAAGCCCCGGCGGUUAGACACCUCAGUGAACAGUAACUUCAAACGAAGCUACACACCGGGCGGUUAUACGAAAAUCCAGAUCAACGAUGAACCUCAGAAGGAAAACUUCAUUUCAAGCAGCUCUCCCCUGACGAGCUAUGGUAUGCUGAAGAAUAUGAACAAUUUAGGCAACCUGUCACCAACUCGAGCGAACGAACGCAGCAGAACGCCAACGCAUCGUCAACGUGAGACCUCACCAGAAAUGGAUGGAAGAAAGUGGAACCGGUCACCAUCCCCUAUUUCGUCGUCGGGAAAACGUAAAAUGGGAGCUGGAUAUACAACCGGCACUGAGAACUCGGCACGUAGAGAAGCACUUAAUAUAAGUCGAAUAACUUCUAACGCAAGACGACCUUUGGCCAAGGCACCAUGGCGAUAACUCUGAUAACACUAACCGCACGCAGUUGGAUGUUAUGGAAACGCUUGUUCGCUUUUGGUUUAAAUUCAACGCCUCACAUAAAUCUCGUCUCAUCGAUAAAUAAACUGACAAUGCUGGUUGAGAAGACUGCGACCUUCGGCUGCUGCUUACAAUUGAAUCCUUAAGCUUUCCUAAUUGUUACAUUUGUUUAACCGAAGCGUGUUUUUGCUUGUGAUUUUAAAUAUUAAAAUUUUUAAUGCAAUAAA